GUUGCCGACGAAAUCGAGCAAGAAGUGACAAGUUUGGACUGGUUGGGGACGCGUACGUUCGGCAAGUUUUUCGCAAAAAUAGUGAAGUUGAUGCAAUUUGCGCCGUGAUUGAUCGCCCGGAAUCGACGCCGAAAGUGGGGCGCCAUCGGAAGCGAACGGAGUUGGGUGGAAUCUGGAGCCGGAAGGGGUUGAAUUUGGCGACGGAAAAAGUUGCUUCCCGGGGGCCGCCAAAAUCGAAGUAGGCUUGGGUAGCGGCGGCGACGGUGGCGGAGCCUGCUGCGAGAGCGCGGGAACUUUCGAUUGAGCUGUCGCGGCGAAUCGUUUUCUGGUGGGAGCGAGUAAAAAGACAAACAUAAACAAUAAAAAUAAUAAAGAGCGAACUGUCGCAAAGGAGGGCUGUGCGUGUGUUAGCAAAAGUCAGUCGGGAUUUUGACGGAACGUGGAGAAAAACAUAAACAGUUGUCAUAAAGUGGCUGAAAAAUAGGCGCUUUUUUCCAGGAGGGAAUCGAAAAUCAAGGGACGCCGUCAAAUUUAGUGGAAUUUAAUUUGCAUCCAGUGCAACUACUGCUCGAACUUCAACAAUGCCGCGCUUGAAGAAGAAGGAGGUGGCCACUCCACCUGCCGCCGCUCCGGAACCGGCAGCCCUCAGCCUAACGGCCGGUCGCUCCCGGCGCACCAUCAAACCGAACCGCAAGUAUCUGAACGACAGCAUCGUAUCGAUGCCCCCCUCGAAGACUUCGUCCCGCUCGAGCAGCCCGGACGACAGCGAUCUCAGCGAGGACGAGUACCGGAAGAAUGCCCGCGACGAGGAAGAGGAGGAGGACGAUGAUGACGAUGAGGAGGUCGUGCCGGUAAAGUCGACGGCCGCCGGGAGGAAGAGUGUGGCGGCCGCUGCGGCGGCGAAGAAGACGUCGCUAUCGCCGGGGUCGAGACCGCGCGGCAGGCCGCCCAAGUCGGGCAAGGCGGCGGUCAAGACGGAACCGGUCAAGAAUCUGCGCAAGGAGGUGAUGAAGAAGAUGGACCUGACGACGCUGAGCGUGGGCAAGGCGCGCGUGCUGCUGACCCCGCUGAAGCAGGACCCCAAGCGGAAGCUGAACCUGGACGAAACGGUGGAGAAGGAAAAACCAACCCCGAAAACUCGUGAGGCGGAAAAGGUGGAAAAACCGCGGGAGGUCGUCAAGCAGAAGGUCGUGGUGAAGCAACGCGAGCCGGAGAAGGUUCCGCCGGCGGCGGUUGCCCGCGAGCGGGCCAAGUCGGAGGCUCGCGUUGUGCGCAAGAAGGCGGAGCCACCGCCGCAGGCGCAGGCUAGCAAGAAGGAAGACGCGGACGCCCUGAAGAAGGUCAUCAAUCCGGUCGCGGUGAAGAAGCAGCUGGUGGAGAAGUCGAUUCUGGACAAGCGCGCCAAGAAGGUCGAGGAAGAGGAGGGGGAGGAGGACGAUGAUGAUGACGACGAUGACGUUCAGAUUGUGGGAAUAAGCCGCGAGACGAAUCCGGUGUUGGGACGGAAAACGGCCCGCAAGAGUCCGCUGGUGGCGAAGCAGAUUUCGCCGCUGCCGAAGAAGGUUCCGGGUAAGGCAACGCCGCCUGUUGCGGCUGGGUUGAAGCGCAAGGCGGAAGUAGAAGCGAAGCCGCAGCCGGGUCGUCCGGUGAAGAACGCAAAGCUAUCGAUUACGGUCGAUUCCGAUGAUAGCGAGAGUAGUGGCGUUGAGGAGGUUGAGGAUGAGGAACCGGCGCGUCGGACGACGCGGUCCAGCUUGCCGUCGGACAAGGGUUCGGCGGCGUCAACGCCGCAGAACAGUUCCGCCGGGAAGGUCGCCCCGGCUAAAGAGUCGCCAGCUUCGGCGCGCGGUAGAAAGGAGCCGGACUCGGUGAAGUCUUCCCUGACGAAAUCGAUCAGCAUGCCAGCGUUGGACAAGUCCAAGCAGGGAUUGCCGGGCAAGUCGGUGCAGACGCCGGCCGCCAAGGUACUGUCCAAGCCGAUGGCGGCGUCCACUCCGAAGCCUUCGGCCGCGGCACUUCCUUCGAAGAGCAAAUCCGAGCUGAAUCUCGUUGAUCCGAUUCUUUCGACCGGGAAGGCACCGACGUCGGCGGAUCGUGCCAAGGCCAAGAGUGCCACCAUUCGGAUCGUGGACAUUGGCGACAUCAUGAAGAAGCGAGCGGCCAGCACGCCGGACGUCCGGAAAGAUGCGUACGAAAGCAGCAGCAGCAGCAGCAGCGAUUCCGACGAUGGCGAACCAUCCAAGCCAAAGACCAACACCGAACUGGUGGCGUCGAUUCUCGAGCGCAAACAGGCCGUCAACGUGGACCACCUCCGGACGAAUCGACCCUCGAAGCGUGGCCGACCAGCCAACAAAGCCUCCCCCAAAGGUCGUCAAUCUACGGCCGCCGCCGCCACCCCCACCGAAGAAGAUGACGAGAUCGACUUUGAGGACAUGCUGCAAACGAACAUCGUCACCGCGAACAAGGUCCAGAAGGUGAUGCAACCGGCCGCCGGAGCGCGCCAGCGAAGGUCCGACGAGAACACCAACAAGCGACCCGGCAACAACAACAACAACCUGUACAAAUCCAACAACAACGGCCGCUUCGGCUCCUCGAGCUCGCUGAACCGGUCCGGGUCGGCCUCGCCCCACAAAAACCCACCCCGCAUCCUCAACUCCACCAUGAAGAUGGGCGACAGCCGGCCCUUCGCCAAGCUGGUCUCCAACAGCGGCAACAAGCACUACUCGAUCGACCUGACCGACCCGGACAACAACGUUAAGCUGGUGGCCUCGCCGGAUUCGCCGCCACCACCACCAACGACGACGACGCCGCAGCCGAUCAAACGGGGUCCCCCGGUCAAGACCAUUACGCGACCUGCUACGGCCGCCGGUGGCCUGCGGAACGCCGGCAACGCGCUGAACAAGCCGAUUGGAGGAGCGGUGCAGCGGUCCGUUUCUUCGUUGACGGCGGGAUCGACAACGGGUAGUCCCAAAAUGAAGAAGAUCACCUGCUACGAGACCUGGUACGUCAUCAACAUCCCCAACAGCGAAAACAAACCGGAGAAGCCCUCGUUCGCCAUGUCCAUGAUCGGCCUCGGCAACGAGGCGGACAAGAUCCAGCUGCCCUCCGGCGAGUGGUCCCACAAAAUAAUCCUCACGAAGCGGAAAACGGCCCCCGCCGACGGCGACGAGGUGUUCAACGGGGACGUCGAGGACCGUGCCAUCAGCGAGGAGGAAAAGCGCAACUACGAACCGUGCAACAUCAUGUUCCGGCGGCGGACGGCCGUGCCCGGCAAGUUCAACCUGCAGUACGACCGCGCCGUCAUCUUCAAGAACGACACCUUCUUCAUCAACGUCGACGGCAAGAACUGCCAGCUGGUGGGGGCGCCCACCAAGCUCGACGACGCCGCCGACAUCGAGACGCUCCUCUCGGUGGUGGACUAUGUGAAUCUGAAAAACACCUGCGUCGAACUGUCGGCGGCCUAGACCGACGACCUCUUCAGUGUACAUAGCUUUUAUCAAGGCGGAUGACGACGAACGAAACAAACACAAACACACAUUUACACACACAUACACACAAAUUAUAGCCGUACAAGGAUAAACCGAGAGAUGAUUUAUCGUGACUAUUUUCGCGGACGGGUUUCAGUUUGCUUGCAAUUUAAGAAAAAGCAAAAACCCGCUGCAGGCGCUCCCAAUUGCAGAAGAGAGGUAAAUAUCGUUGACUUUUGUAUUGUGGGUAAGACCUUUUUAUUUUCAAAGUGAGACAUGCGUUCAGCCUUGAUUUUAACAGAUUGUAUUUUGAAACAAAAUAUAACUGCUCUUUUGAGAGCACGCACUCCGUUGGGGGAAUUGAACGCCCCCACCAGAUCAGUACUCGUUAUUUAUUAGCAUGUCGCGUACAGAUUAUGUUAAGAACGUCUCUCACAUCUUUUCUAUAACGAAUUAAGGUGAACCUAGGUGUAAGUAGUGCAUUUGCAAUACAAAAUAGUGGCAAAAUACAGAGAGAACUUUUUUUGUAAUGUUGUGUCUUUUCCAUGCUUUAGAAAAGCAACCUCAACGAAACGUGUCUGCGGGAAACGCUGCAAUGUGGGUCUGGCCAACAUCUGCUUUAGACGCACUGGGUUUCGUCGUUUGUUUACAAUGCGUACGCACGAGCUUCCUUCCUUACGUGCUCCGAAAUCUGUUUUUUCCCCAAUUUCACCCACUCUAUCCGAACCACGUGGUUAGAAACACUGAAAACCCUUAUUCGAAUAAAAAAGUUGAUUAGAAGCAACUUCAAGGAAUUUCCUCAACGUACAAUAUUAAAACGUCGGUCUGACCAUCCUUGUUUGGCUAGCAUCUCGACACGUUGCUUCGUUUCUUUUACUCUUCUACUUUUGUUUACAAUGCGUACACACAGAUCUUCCUUCUUCUUGUGCAGUGAAAGUAUCUUCAAUAAUCCUUUUCAUCGAAUAACAUUCUAAAAAUCUUAAUUUUCGCUAAUUUUAAACUCUGAAAUGUCUCCAACUCGCUAAGAAUAUCUUGACCACUCGAUUUGACGUUUGUUGAAUACACGCUUUCGCAGUUUACUUCAAAAUCAGGCUAAAAUCUGAAAAAGUGUACGGUUAGUAGUUUUGAGUAGCCAGAGCUCAAAAUUGGGUAAAUUUUGAGAUUCAAAUGAAUCGAACAAGUUUUUGUAGAGUUAGCCAAGUCCUGGAAUAUUUUUUCGACCGUAUGUAACAGUUUUUAAGUAAUUGUUUUAAGUGAAAUUAAUUGAUUUUAGAUUUUUGAAGUUUUGAGCUAUUUUUUAAAGGAACAGCAUCUAAUAAGGCUUUCUACGCCCAGUGAAAAAAUAUAAUCUAUCCCAAAAAUGACGAACUUCUCGUCACAGUGUCCUGAUGCAAACAAAGAUCGAGUUCGAGUUGUUACAGCCCUGCGAAGUAUGUUGGCCGACAUAUCGAGCGGUCAGUCAAAAAAAAACCAGCUUGAAAUCGCCUGACAAAAAAACUUUUGCUAGAAAGAGAUAGGAAAUCUGAUGCAAACAAACGUCCAGCUGUCGUGUAAACAUACUUUGAAUGUGUUGGUAAAUUUCUGACUAGAAAGCAUUAUUCCAGCGUGCCUCUAAUGUUGCCAUAACAGCACUAUGACAUUCAAUUAGGGGGAGGGGGGGCAGAAUGGCCCGCCUAAGUAAAAUGCGCCAAAAACCAUAGAAAAACAUGAAAACUUAUGAAUUCAGUGUAGUAGGCUUAUGCUUUGGGAUGUUCCCUUCAAUGUUAUAUACUUGGUUGAUGAAAUUUUUUAGCUUAAAACUGUUUUUGAGCCACUUUAAAAAAAAAGUUUUUUCGACUUUUUUUCCAGGGUGCGGGGCAGAAUGGGCCACCCUGUGGGGCAGAAUGGGCCACCUUAGAAAACAAGCCAUUUUGUCUAAUACAACGUUGAAGGGAGAUAAGAAAUGACUUAAGGUACCUUUCUAACAUAGUUUCCAUGAAGUUAGACCACUUUAAUAAAAAUAGUCACUUAUCAAAACAAAAUUUUUGAAAAUAGUGUUAAUAUGUUGAAAAAGGACACUAUUUUUACAAAUAAUCAUCAAAACAACUAAAAAAUCAACUAAUUUUGCAUUAAACGAGAUUUGUGAAGCUACCUGGAGUGAAAUAAUCCAUUUAAUCCAAAUUUCAUAACUUUUGAUUGUUUUUAUAAGGCAGGAUAAGGGUGGUCCAUUCUGCCCCCAAGUGGAUUUUAAUUUAACACUUCCACCACCAAGUCUCUAAAUGAUUUUAAGGUUCCGUUGUUGUUUGUAUACCUUGGUAGUAACAUCUAGUAACGUUAUAAGCAUUGAGCAAACUUUUUCAAACAAUCCAACUUUUCAGAAAGCUUAUUUAAAAACCUCGAAAUAAACAACAUUUGCGUAGUUUUGUCAAUAAAUUUACAUUUUUGCUCAUAAUUCGAAAAAUACAA